GGCUUGUUUUAAGACGACGGGUAUGAUUUCAUUAGUCCCCGUGAAACCGUAUUUUCCGUCCAGCGGAAAUUUGAUUAAAAGUAGGCGGAUUAAUAAAAUUUUGCCUGCAUGCAAACCCUAGCUAUUCUCAUCCACUUCUUCGAACCCUAGGGCACACCCAGUUCGAUAGUCUCCCCGCUACCUCGUACUUCUUGAUCUACCCGAGACUUCCGUUCUUAGGGUUUUUUUCUAGAGUUUUGAUGGCGUGAGUUCGGGUGAAUCGUGAUUUCGUAGCAUUUGCGUGCUAAUGACGCUCAGGGAUAAGGAGCUCGAGGACCGGAUCGAGGAACUCGGCAAUAAGCUGACGAGUCCUCCCUCCGAUGUGCAACAGUUGCUUCAACUUCUUGAUAAAGCUGAGAACUUCUUGUCAAGGGUGGAGCAAUGUCCACCACAGUCAAUGCACACAGCUCUUAGCCCUUCUAUGAACGCAUUAGUCACUAAGGAUCUUCUCAGACAUUCAGAUUUGGAUGUGAAAAUUGCUGUUGCCUCCUGUCUAAGUGAAAUCACAAGAAUAACAGCUCCAGAUGCUCCAUAUGAUGAUGAUCUAAUGAAGGAGAUUUUUGGGCUAAUUGUUGGAGCUUUCAAGAAUUUGGAUGAGUUCUCAAGCCGUUCAUUUUCUAAGAGAGUUUCAAUACUCGAGACAGUUGCCAAGGUCCGAUCUUGCGUGCUGAUGUUAGACCUUGAAUGUGAUGAUUUGAUUUUGGACAUGUUCCAUCAUUUCCUCAAGACAAUAAGACUUAAGCAUUCAGAUACAGUUUUUUCUUCAAUGGAGACAGUCAUGUCACUUGUUAUAGAGGAGAGUGAAAAUAUUUCAGCGAAGCUUCUUUCAUGUCUCUUGGAUAAUCUCAAGACUGAUGAAAAGAAUAUCUUGUCCUCAGCAAAGAAGCUUGCAGAAAAAGUGCUGUCUAAUUGUGCCUCGAAGUUGAAGCCUUAUUUGGUUGAGGAAUUCAAGGGCACUUCCGCUCUGAGUGAUUAUAGCAAAAUUGUUACUGUUGUGUGUCAGGGGAAUCUUGAUACGUUAACCCAGAAUGACAUAAGUACUUUCGGCGAAACUCAGGCAGAUGACAGCAAGUUAUCUGAGGGGACUCUGUGUGCCGAGCUGCCUCAGGGAUCAGCAAAACAGGAACAUGAACUUGCUGUUGGAAAAGCUGUCACUGAUACAGAUGGAUCUUCUAAAUUAGUCACGAGCAAUGGUACGCUUCAGAUGGGGAACGGGGAUUCUAUGGCUUCAGAACAAAAGGCUGAAGUUUCCCAACCUGAUGUUCAAUUGAGGGACACUGAUGGAUUUAGGUUAGCUGAUUCUGAUAACUUGGGCUCGGGUGCUGCAAAACUGGAUAGUGGAUUAAGUCUUAGUUCUAGAAAAGGAAGAAGAAAAGGAACUUUGGUUAAGUUAUCAGUUAAUAGCGAGCAUAAGCAAAUUGAUGACGAGAAAGAAACUCCUACUAUUACUGGAAGGAGGAAAGGACGCAGUAAGGAGGCUGACUCGACUCAAGUUGAUGGCCUUCCUUUUAAGGAGGUAGAAACGGCUUCUAACUCAAAAUCUAGGAAGAAGAAUAAGCUUGAGCCUACUCCUGGAUUGGCUGAUGUGUCCUCUUCUAUUUCUUUGCAUAUCCCUAACGAGCAUGAUAGAAUUCAAUCUAGAAAGAGUCGGUCCUCUCGUUCAAAAAAAAAAUCUGGUAAAAGAAAUGUUCCUGACAAAGCUGCAGCGGAUGGCUCAUUUAGUGCUUCUGGGCAUAGGGAUCUUUUGGAAAGCAGCCGAACGACUAGUGGAGAUAUUCCUACAAGAGGGCUAAGCUCAAAAAAGUCAGAGGGCAUCAGUGAUUCAGAAAAAAAAUUAUCAAAAUUUUCUGCCAGUAAGUCACACGCACAUGUUGAGGAUGGCAAAACAACCCCAACAACUACACAUGAUUCAGAAAAAAAACAUCGGAGACAUAGAGUUAGAAGUGGAUCUAAAAGAGAAGGUAAAGAAGAAGAUUCCUCAGGACAGAAGCAAAGUGCUGGUAAGCAGGAGAUGGGCGGCAGCGUAGAUGUUGGUGAGGAAGAUAAAGAAGUAAAAUUGAAGGAACUGGUCUCUUUGCGAAAAUCAGCAGCGAAAGAAUCUAUUAAAGAUCAAAGUCUUCUGAAGGAUAUUAGUGAACCAAAGUCUAGGCGGAAGAGAGCUCGAGUUACAGAAGAGACUUUUGAAACACCAAAGAGAAGGAAAAGUAACGAGAAACUUAUUGGUGCGAAAAUAAAAGUUUGGUGGCCAGAUGAUGAAUGUUUUUAUGAAGGUAUUGUUGAUUCCUUUGAUCGAAGUACGAAGAAGCAUAAGGUUUUGUAUAAUGAUGGUGAUGUGGAGGUUCUGCUUCUUAAGAAUGAGAAGUGGGAGUUCAUUGAAGCUGAAACCAAGGCUGAUGGGGAAAAUAAUACCCCAGAUAUCAUUGCUUCAGAUUCAAGGAAAAAGAAAUCAAAAGGUCGUCGUGGCGGCUCUGCAGCAGAUAAAAUGAAGACCGAUCUUCCUGCAAAUAGCCCGGAUCCUAUCAUCAAAACUGAAUCAAAUGAUAAGUCUUCUAAGCGUAAAGGGAGGACACCCUCUGUUAAUGUCCCUGAUGAUGAAACUCCUAAGAAAGCCACCAAAGGAAGAAGAAGAUCUGCAAACAGACAUCCAGACAAUACCCAGAAAGACAACAAUGAGCUAACUGAGACCACUGACAAGUCUGUCAGCGAAAAAUUACCUCAAAGUACUGCUAAGGCAGAUCCAUCCAAAUCUGCUGACAAGGUUGACAACGAUAAAUCCAAAUCCGGGGACAAGGUUCGCUCCACUCUAAAGAUUCGUCGUAAAUCGGAUGGAGACUCGUCCAUAUCCAACACCAAGUCCAAGGGUGUCGGUCCCAAGUCCCCAAAGAAAUCAAAAGAUGAAGACUCUCUUAAGACUAAAUCUUCCACCGAAGGCCGUCAAAAAUCCGGCGGGAGAUCGGCAAAGGGCUCAAGCAAGAAAGUGCGGGGCGGCUCAACCCCCAGAAUCAAUAGAAAUUUGAAUGCGGAGGAUGCGCCCAAGAGUGAUCAGGCAAAAGUUGAAGAGGUGGAACAUCGAGGCACAACUGGGAAGAAACGCAAGCGCGGACGGCUUGGCAGGUAAAUCAUGGUGGCCUGUCUUUCCAUUUGGAGUAAUGUGUGGCCUCUUUGAAUUUUCAGGGGUUGAGAAUCUGCUGUUUUCAGCUAAUUAAGGGCUUGUUAUAUUUGUAUGUUUCUUUUUUUUUAAUCUCUUUCAGAUUUAGUUUAGAAGAUGCUAAGCUCUCCAUAUGUGAUAUGUUUAAAUUCUAGUUUAUGCUGAUCCAUGUUCUGUGGGAAUUAGUAGUUACUAUUUUGGGUUUGCCUGACCUAUUUUGCAAUAUUAUUUGUAGCCC